ACACAUGUACACACAUACACUAUGUAGCACAUUUACACACUGCACAUAAACAUCCCACAGGCACACAUACCACACACACAUUAAACGUGCAUAUGACAAACAUACCACGUGCUUAAUGACAUGAGUGAAACGCAUAUUCAAUCACAGACCAUGGCCGAUCGCAGUGAACAUCAUCGUAAUAUUAAUAGUAUUUUAACUCGGCCAGAAACCUCAUCCAGGAGAUUCGUGUUUGGGUUCAUAAUCAGAUUAUUUUAACUUCCUGAAGAAGUCCAGUGAGCUAUGACACUCUAUAUCACAAGUGUCCAGUAGGGGCAGAUCAGAAUGUUACAACAUCAAACAAUAUAUUAAAAGUAAAAGACGAUCGAUAUGACUAUGAUGCUCACUGCGAUUGGCCAGUGUUUAGUUUGUGUUAAGUUUGUUGUCAUUCCCCCAUACCUCUAAUUAGCACAGUUGGCUACGUACCGUGUGAAAAGUUCAACAUACAUUGGAAAGGAAAGCAAAUCAUGCGUCAUUUUAUUGUAUCGGGGAAAAAAAUUAAGUGCCCGGAGAAAUCCCACACAUGCGAUGGUAUAAUGCUCAAAAGUCCGUGUGUGUGCGCGUGCCCCCGUGUGCUUCGGUGCAGGAGGCCCCGGCGCUUGUGUCCCGAAUGCUACCGGAGCGCCUGCACGAGGCAGCGCCCGAGGCCACUACGUACCUGCUGGAAAGCGUGGGCAAUGCCACGCGCAUUGACUACGGCACCGGCCACGAGGUGGCGUUCGCCUCCUUCCUGUGCUGCCUGUGCAAGAUUGGCUUCCUCGACGCUAAUGACCAGGCGGCCAUCGUUUUCAAGGUGUUUGAGAGGUACCUUUGCGUGAUGAGGCGGCUACAACAAACGUACCGCAUGGAGCCGGCCGGCAGCCAGGGCGUGUGGGGCCUCGACGACUUCCAGUUCCUGCCCUUCCUGUGGGGCAGCGCUCAGCUUAUAGACCACCCCCGCCUCGAGCCCAAGCACUUUGUGGACCCAGCGGUGGUGAACGAGCAUCACAAGGACUACCUCUUCUUCCAGUGCAUUCACUUCAUUAACCAGAUGAAAACGGGCCCGUUCGCCGAGCACUCAAAUCAGCUGUGGAACGUGAGCGCCGUGGUCUCCUGGAGUAAAGUCAACACGGGUCUCGUGCGCAUGUACCGUGCUGAGUGUCUGGAAAAGUUCCCGGUCAUCCAGCAUUUCAAGUUUGGAAGUUUACUCUCAAUACAGCCGGUCGCCAAGUAACAACCGGCAUUCGCUCGCUCACUCGCUCGCUCGCCCACCCGCACGCACCACCUCGCCCCCAUGGAACACAUGCCUGACUAUUUUUGGAAAGUCACAUCAAAGGGACUAAAGUGAACUAUUAUGUAAGACAGAGGAGACAGCAGUCCAUGAAAAUGAGCCUUCACAUUUGAAAUUUAAUUGUACUUUAAGGAUUGAAUUUCAUAUUGGAGUUGAGCACUGUGUGGAAUGCCCAAGGGAUUCGCUUCUCAGCCUGCAUGCAGGUUUGUGAAAAUUAUUUUUAGCACAGUGCCGAAGUGUAAGGAACUGCAGGGUCGUGAGUGAUUCAAAUGCAUAUGCCGCGUAUUACGUCACGCAUGGUAAUAUCAUUAACCACCACAUCAAGCAUAUGCCAAGUAGGAGUGCGAGGGCAGUUUUGUUUUUACAUGGACCCCUCAGUGUAGCUCAAAAAGAAUCCACUUUUAUCCAGAAGGCACUUAUGUGAGCAGACUAUCUGGCAAACCUAACUUUGGCAGCUAUGAUAGUGAAUGCUUAGAUAACUCUCAAUCAUUGAGCGUUUUAACCGGGUGAGCGCAUUAAGGCUGUAGUUUUACUCGAAAGGGGGAUAAUGUUUUGAUUUAAAGCUUUCGUGACUGCAGGGAUUCAUAUUCUUGGUUCUUUCGGUAAAGUCACCACGUAGAAGGGAAACAAUAAAAAGAUAUUUUUAUUUUAUUGUUUCCCUUCUACGUGGUGACUUUACCGAAAGAACCAAGAAUAUGGGGAUAAUGUUGUCCAAGCAAACAUACAAAUGCACUCGGCAGCCCAACCCCAUAUCAGAUAUUUAAGUACACAAUGUAGCAAGCAGGCUACUGGAUGACACAUGUUGGCAAGGGCCUCGUCUCAUCAUGUAGUUAAUCUACUUCAAGUUAUGAAGCCAUCAUUUCAUCGUACAUUGGUGAUAUCGAUUCCUUUCGCCAUAUUCUGCAAAAUAUACUUGGGCCACCUAACCUGCAGAGGCGGGGGGAAAAUCCACGAAUGGAAUUGGUUAAAUGGACGUGUGCAACUUAUUUUAUGUGUGGCUUUCAAAAUGUGAAGGCCCAUUUUGAAACGUUUAACCUCAUUAGUCCCAGCAGCCAAGCAGGCAUGUAAACAUUUAUAUUUUUUUGCAACAAAAAAAACAUCCCGCAUUUCCCUGUGGUAAGUUUUUGCUUUCCUCCAUGAAGCACACUGGGUUUCAAGGAACACCCCGAGGGAAUUGUAUGAGGGCAGUGUAUCAAGUUCACGGAGGAAGAUAUGCUGAAAAUGCAACGCACGUGUAAAUCCCAAUGCGGUGAUCAUUAAAAUCAAUGGACCUGAAGUCGGGCGGUGGAUUGAAAUGUGAGCCAAUUGUAAAUUGAUGUUGUGAUUGUCUUGUCUUUGGUGCUGCUGUGUACACGUGUGUGAGGCAAUUGAACAUGCUCAGGUUUACUAUUGCGACGACGCUAUUGGGUGUGAGGAGCGGGCGGUAUUGUGGUGAGCACACCGCACCACGAACCAGGAAACCUGAGUUUGAUAUGUGGGCCGCAGGUUAUAUCAGUGGUGAUGAUCAGAACCGGUCAUGGGUUUCCUCUAGGCCGACUAGGCCGACUAGGCCUUAGUACCUAAUGUGGUGUGUAAACAUCAAGACUCGGAAGAAAAGGUGACUAGGUAUGGUCCCGGCCACACCACCUCGUGCACUGUGCUAUCUUUCAUAGGUGCUCGCUAACGGAACUUGCCCCAACACCUUGAGUAGGCUACAGGGGAGGGGAGGGGGGGGGGGAGUUCUUUUUGUGGGUAUCGGUAGAGUUUAGUCUUUUGGUGGUUGGUUAAUGGUUGGCACACUGCGACAAUCGCAGUGGCUUAGAUUUCAUUCCUGGCCCUGCACAAAUCAGUGGCACGUGGCAUGUCCUGGGCCUUUCUUAGGUUGACUCAGCCAGUAACCUCUGGUUCCGCGUACAGUACUCCCCUUUGUACCAUCGGAUAUGCCGCUCCUGUAUGUGCCAUGAAGAUAGCAGCAAUUGCCCUAACAGUCUGUAUGGCUAAACAAUAAAUGUCUGCAUUUGUAA